GACAACGCUGAGCCCGCGACAGCAAAGUCGAACGAACAAACGUCAAAGACGGAGGCCUCGAAGCCUCACGGAGAAGAACUUCUGCCGGCGCAGCAAUUCUCAUCGACGUCUCCUGAGGUACUGCGCUAUGCAAUUAAGAAAAAAUAACUCUCUGUUUGUUUCCGAAUGUCAUAGUUGUCUUACUUUAUGUUUUGGCUUAGAGGUACAUGAUCGGCCGAUCGUAACUAAGUUAGUUGAAAAGGUCAUUUACGUUCGUUUUAUUCCAGCCCUUUUCGUGUUGGUUCCACAUCUUACAUAUAGAGACGAAAUACCAAUCGGUCGAUUGUUAUUUCGUCUCUAUAUGUAAGAUGUGGAACGUUUAGGAGGAGGAUACGCAGCCGAUCGUCGAUACACCGUCGUCGCCGCUGUCGAACAGACAGUUUGAUACCGAGGCGUUCGAGUUUCAGGACCUUGGCGUCGUUUCGGUACAAUUCACCCUUUUUGCCUGAUUUUUGCCAACACUCCAAGUUACAGGUGCCAUUUCAUCAUGUACACAAAGCUUCCACUCGCGACCUUACGGUCGCAAGCCUGCGCCUAAGCCGUGAUGAUGCGAAGGUUCGAGAAGCCCUGGAACGAAUUGCAAACCUGGACUUCGUGCAUGCUAUUGCACUUGGCAUUGGCGGCGCGAAAGUUGAUAAUUUCGACUUUCUGGUGAGUGAUGAGAAGUUGCGGACGACAAUAACCGCAAAGCUACUUUGCAGAUGCUGGUUGAAUGUGGUGCUCCGACGAAACAGCACAGAAUUGAAGCCAUGCUCACCGGCCUGGAGGUUAACAACUUGCAAAUUCGACCCAUCGACGAACAAAAGCAUCUCGAUUUUGUAUGGAACAAUUUAAACGCGAUCGAACGAUUCUCGGCUGGCUAUGUCGUCGUCCACGGACGUAUGUACCCGUCGAAGUAACGACAACAGUUAUAAUUAAGCUUUUAAGGGUUAAUGUCGACGACGGUGAAUAUGGCGAAAUAUCGGUUUAUGAACCGCCAGGCGGAACUCGGUGUUUGGGGCCUGGAAGAUUUGAUGGCGUACGAAAAAUCGAUUGUCAGGAACGAAAGACGAUCUUUUCUCAGUGUUGUGAGUCAAGCUCUCAUGAAAUGAAAAGUUUUGGAAAGCAUUAAGACACAAACCAAAAUGACUUUACAGAUGAAAAAGCGAAAAGAUUAGAUUUGCGUGUGUAUCUGGUGGAAGGCAAGCCGGGCUCGGGAAAAAGCCAUUUUACGAGGUGCACAUGGAGAGAGGACACCUAUUUCGGCACAUCGUCCAAGUUCUUGGAAGGUUGGUUUUGAGGCGGGCUCAUACGGUACUCAUGACAUGAGUUUCAGGCUAUGUCACCCAAAAGACGAUAGUGCUAGAUGAGCUGUGUUACCGGUCUCGGGAAGGCAUGUCUGGCGCCGAUCUACUGCUGCUGACCGGAGAGGGUGUUGCCAUGGGCAAUAUAAAGUACGGCGUUUUUAGCUGCUUUGAAAAUGUUGUUGUUUCGACAGUUGCUCCCUGA